GCUGCGCUGCACCAUGUCCGCCCAGCUGGAGCGCUGCGGGCGCGAGUGGCACGAGCUGGAGCGAGAAUUUCAGGAACUGCAGGAGACUCACAGGAUCUACAGGCAGAAGCUGGAGGAGCUGACCGCGCUCCAGACUCUGUGUAGCAGCUCCAUCAACAAGCACAAGACGCGACUGAAGGACCUGAAGCACACACUGCAGAGGCACAAGCGCCACGCCAAUCAGGAGGAGGCAGAGCUGGUUCAGCAGAUAGACAUCAACAUCAAAGAGCGGAAGAACAUCUUCUUUGACAUGGAGGCCUACCUGCCCAAGAAGAAUGGGCUCUACUUGAAUCUGGUCCUCGGCAAUGUAAACGUGACCCUUCUCAGCAACCAGGCCAAAUUUGCCUACAAGGACGAGUAUGAGAAGUUCAAGCUCUACCUGACCAUCAUCCUCCUCCUAGGUGCCGUGGCCUGUCAGUUUGUCCUUCACUACAGGGUAACAGACGAAAUCUUUAACUUUCUGCUGGUGUGGUACUAUUGCACCCUGACGAUUCGGGAGAGCAUUCUCAUCAGCAAUGGCUCGAGUGGUCUCUUAGGGCAGAUCCCCGCUCUGCCGGGCCUUACCCUGAACGUAGGCCAAGAGAAUCAAAGGCUGGUGGGUGUCUCACCACUACGUGUCCACGUUCCUGUCCGGAGUGAUGCUGACCUGGCCGGACGGGCUGAUCUAUCAGAAGUUUCGCAGCCAGUUUUUAGCGUUUUCCAUUUUUCAGAGCUGUGUCCAGUUCCUGCAAUAUUAUUACCAGAGAGGCUGCCUCUACCGGCUGCGGGCUCUGGGGGAGAGGAAUCAUUUGGACCUCACUGUGGAGGGAUUCCAGUCCUGGAUGUGGCGGGGCCUCACCUUCCUCCUGCCUUUCCUGUUCUGUGGCCACUUCUGGCAGCUCUACAACGCAGUCACGCUGUUCGAGCUCUCCAGCCACGAGGAGUGCAGAGAAUGGCAGGUGUUCGUGCUGGCGCUCACGUUCCUGGUCCUCUUCCUCGGCAACUUCCUGACCACACUCAAAGUCGUGCACGCCAAGCUCCAGAAGAACAGAGGCAAGGCGAAGCAGCCGUGAGCCCCUGGACUGCGAGACUGCAGGGGGUCUGUCGGCACCCUCACUGCUGAUUUCUCCUCAGCAGUGACCUCAGGGGCCAGUGGUCUCACGGGGAGCAGGGCCAAGGCCCUAGUCCCCGACUGGACACGAGGAAUGUGACCCCAGCCUUCAGCGCAGUAGUAGCCACCCCACCCUCCCUAUUUAUGGCAUAUUUAAUACCGGCCCUCCCCACUCCCCUGGAAUCU